GCUCCGCCAGGAGGCGCGGGCGUGCGGCAGCUCCGCCCAGAGGCCGGGCGGCCCCCGCGCGCGGCUCUGCCGGGACAAGUGCUCCAGGGGCCGGGGCGGCCUCGGCGUGCAGCUCAGCCAGCGGGCAGGCGGCGGCGAGGCGGCGGGUGCACGAGAUGGAGGUGAAAGACGCAAAUGCUGCAUUGCUGAGUAACUUUGAGGUGUUCCAGUUACUUACCGAUCUUAAGCAGCAGCGCAAAGAUAGUGGAAAACACAAACAGAGCUCUGGCCAGCAGAAUCUGAACACUAUCAUGUACGAAACAUUGAAAUACAUAUCCAAAACACCAUGCAGAUUCCAAAGUCCUGAGAUUGUGAGAGAUUUCCUCAUAGCAAUGAAAGGCCAUAAACUAACCAAAGCAGAAAAGCUACAGUUGCUUAACCACAGGCCAAUGACCGCAGUUGAGAUACAGCUGAUGGUAGAGGAAAGUGAAGAAAGACUAACAGAAGAGCAGAUUGAGUCACUUCUUCAGACACUCUCCAGCAUUCUUCCAGGGAACCCAGAGGAAGAGCUGCAGAGACAGGCGACAAUGGCAGCUGAAGAAGAAGGUGACCCAGAAUAGACAGCAUCUGAACCGAAGUUGGCAACAUCAUCAAAAGCUUAAUGAGAAAAGAACCAGCUAAACUUUCUGAUUGCAAAGACCAUGUCUGGGGUUUUUCACCCAGGGCUUAAUCUUGUGUGACAUCGUUGUACAGUACGUUAAUGUUUUGUUGUGUAAAUCAUGAGAGCAACAGUUGUUUAUAAGAAACAUAAAUUAAAGGAGAGCUCUCAUGUCAGCCUGUUUUGAGAUGUGAGAAAGAUAGUAACUGGCUUCAUAAUACGGCAGUUUGUGAAAUAGUGAAAAUAAACCUUAUGCUUGAAUAUUCUUUUUUUCCAUUACCCAUGUAACAGCUGUUCUUUUCUGAGGAGGGUAUAUGCAGCUGGCAGUGUUCUCAUUAUCAUAGCAAUACACUAUAAUUAUAAUUGAUUUCAUAUGUUUUUGAAUUACUCAACUGUUUUUCAGAGUGCAGUUUACAAUGCAGUGCAAAUUCUGUGUGGAAGAAGCCAUUUCAGGGUAUCAGUACACAGUUAGAAUAAAGUUCAAAAAUUAUUUAAUAUCCAUAUAAAAUCAGUAGUAAUAAUAGAUCCUUAUAACUACUAAUAUCUUUAGGGUUAUACCAUGGAAGUGGAAGGAAUGUAAAGGCUGUAUUGAUAUGGUAACUAGUCUCAAGGACACCUCUGAUAUGUCCCUAUGCUUAUUUUAAAUAUAGGGCCAGAUCCUCAGCUGAUGUAAAUGGACAGAAUCCCAUCAAAGUCAAGAGAGUGAUGCUGAUUCACACCAGUCGAGGAUCUGGCCCAUAAAGUUAGGGUUCUCAGUAAUACAAA